GCUGUUGUCUAUGAUGUAAACAUAAGUAUAAAGUCGACGAGGUGCCGUCGUUGAGAAUGUCCUUAUUCUAUACAACUUCAAAUCGAAAAAUACAAUAAUAUUCAAGCAUCUUUAUAAAUCUUAAGAUUUUAGUCUAUUUCUUUAUCAAGCGCAGCAACUAGAUACCCCUAUUUUCAUUUAUUCGCAAUGGCACCCAAGAUUGCUAUCGUCUAUUACUCCACCUACGGCCAUGUCCGCCAACUAGCCGAGGCUGAGAAGCGCGGCAUUGAAAAGGCUGGCGGUACUGUCGAUCUCUUCCAGAUUCCCGAGACCCUCUCCAAGGAGGUUCUGGCCAAACUAAAUGCUCCCGGCCCGGCUGCCGAUGUCCCGGUCCUAUCGGAUCCGGCGACUCUCGAGUCGUACGACGGCUUCUUGCUCGGCAUCCCGACGCGCUACGGAAACUUCCCCGCGCAGUGGCGCGUAUGGUGGGAUCAGACCGGAAAGCAGUGGCAGAGCGGUGCUUUCCACGGCAAGCUAGGCGGUCUCUUCAUCUCAACAGCCUCUCUAGGCGGUGGCCAGGAGUCGACUGCUCUGGCGGCCAUGUCCACCUUUGCCCACCACGGCAUCAUCUACGUCCCCUUCGGCUACGCCAAGGCCUUCGGCACUAUGACUGACCUUUCCGAGGUCCACGGUGGUGGCCCCUGGGGUGCCGGUACCUUCGCUGCAGGUGACGGCUCGCGCCAGCCCAGCGAGAAGGAGAUCUCCAUCGCUGAGAUCCAGGGUGCCGAGUUCUACAAGACGGUUGCUAAGUUUGCUUCCGGAUCGGCGUGACUACAUGAUAGCAAGGAUAAAGAGACACCAACUGCGACCGCCACACAGGCAGAGGGAAAGAAAGAAAAGAAGCAGAGCGAAGGCCCUUGCGGUUUGCCUACUAAGUGCGUGAUAAUGUAGUUCUCGUCACCUAGAAUGAUUUAACUAUUAAAACAAAUAAAAAUUAUUGAACAGACUCCCGAGACUCGAC